GCCAGUGUCGCCAGUUGGCUGACGAGGAGCGCUGAGUUGGCCCGCCGAGUCGGCACGCCGGGCAUCGCCAGCAUCGCCACGCCGACGAGGUCGCGACGGUCGCGACACCGCCAGUGCCUCAAGUUCCGCGGACCGAGGCUGGGACACUGUAACGCCCUCGCGCCGCAGCGCCACAGCGCAGUCAGCAUGGAGGUGGUCCAGUACCAGUACCAGGUGGCGGACGUGAACGCCGGCGCCGCCUCCCCGCCGCUGGCCAGCCCCGGCAGCGCGGGCGCGCACAGCCCGCCGUACCAGCACAGCCAGUACCAGUGGCACCAGUACGCCGCGGCCCAGGACUACUUGGCCGCCCCGGAGCGCGCGCCCCUCGGCGUGCCCCGCGUGCGCGUCGUCAAGCCCACCGCCGUGCGCCUGCGGCCCGCGGUGGACGAGAGCAGGCUGCCGUGCUGCGGCUACCCGGGCCCCAUCAAGAUCCCCCUGUGCGGGGACCUGCAGUGCCGCCACCUGCCGUGCUACACGUGGCACACGUGGCACCAGCAGCACGCCGCCCCCACCUACUGGUGGGCCUCGCUGCCGCCGUCGUCGCGGUCCUGGCAGGGCACCGCGUCGCCGGAGUCGCCGCACCUCUCGCUGGACUUGCAGCCCCAGGGCCUGCUCCAGGAGGCGCUGCGGCAGAAGCCCGCCGCCGAGGAGUCCGCCGCGGCCGCGGACGUCACGCCAGUCACGCCCGUGCAGGCCACCGUCACGACGCCGGGUGGCACCGUCACGCUGUACAGCUGGCCCGAUUCGCUGCAGCUCGACGACGACGUGGUCGUGGUGGAGCAGGUGCAGCCGAAGCGCGCGCGCAAGGCCGCCGCCAAGCCGCGCAAGCCGCGCGCCCCGCGCAAGCCCCGCCAGACCAAGAAGGACAAGGACGCCGCCGAGGAGGUCCUGGGCGCGGGCGUCGCCGUCAACAUGGACACGGACACGCGCGGGGCGCUGCUGCGCGCGCUCGGCCUGCUGUGCGACCGCCGCGGCGACCUGGACGCCAAGGAGGACGACGAGAAGGACGACGACGACCUCCCCUUCCUGCAGCUGCAGCCGAACGUGCCCCGCAAGGUGCGCCGCGUGCUGCGCGGGGUGGCCAAGGCGCUCAUGUGACGGCGCGCCGCGACUCGAGACUGAUAAACUCCUGGAAUAAAAUGAAAUCAUUCCCUUGUCGGGUCUGAAUGAGUGCAAUCUAAUCUCACGCCUCGUGAGCCGUACAAUUGCUUCUUCGACGAUGUUUGUGGUUAUGGAUCAGCUGACGGGACUAAAUCUGACGUCCAAAUGUUGCACAAGACGCUUCGUUCGAGCGAGGAGUCGCAUCGCACGCUGCCGGCCGGACUGUCCAUCCCGUAUCAGCCGCUUUGCCCUCACGUGGUCACGUGGUCAUGCACGCACACUGUGGCACCGCCUUGUCGCCUCGAUAAAACGGCCCCAUCAUUGGCGCGCCGCGCACGGCGGAGCGAGCGAGGGCGGGGCGGCCCUUUGAUCAGUCCCCGGUUUAAUAGUGGCGUGGCUCGCCGAGAGGUUAGGCCGAGAGGCGAGGCUGGACGGCCACAGCAAUUUUGCGAUGAGUCUGUGGGCGGCUGAGGGCUGCUUCCGAACGCGGUGCUGCCCCUCUCGACAGGGGCCGAGACACGAGGGCACCUCGGCUGCACCCUGCCGGCGGCCGGCGGAUAUUGCUGGCCGAAAUCGCCUGCCGAGCGAUUCAGAAGAGCGGCGUUGUCUCUCCCGCACCCUUAUGGAGGGUUACAUGAGUGCGACGGAGACAGAGCGACCGAACGACUGAAUCGCUCUGAGAGCCCCAUCGGUGGCGUGCAGUGCAUGCAGUGGCCCGAGCGCGCGCCGCGCAGAGGGGCAGGAAGCGGGUAACUCAGUCCAGCAUGUCGCCUGGCCACUCCGGCCAGCACGGCCAGCUGGGCCCUCCAAGCAGCUCGAGUUUCGCCGCCUCCCGCGACGCCGGCGACGUCACGACCACCACCUCGACCACCAGGACGACCAGGACGACGACCGCGGCAGCGCCGGGCAGCGCCAUGGCCCCCACGGCCGUGCACACGACAACUCGCCACGGCGGGGGUUUGCGCACGCCGCCACGCCGUCCUCGACGCCGUCCCGGAGCAACGCGAAGCGAAGCCCACGAGGGGCUGUGUUCAAUUACGGGUGCUUUUAUUAACUUGCGGGAUAGGGGUUCUGCUUUUUUGGUUUUGUUGAAAUAGAUUCUUGAUGUCAACCAUAAAAAUCGAACAAACAAGCUAAAAAAAAAACAUGUGUCUGUUUCUUGAAACGACGAUUUCUAUUCGACCAGCAAACGGAAAGUGACCUAAUAGACAUAACGCGUCGUCACGCCUGCGGGGAAAGUCAAUAC